AUUUCAAUUUCUACGCAUCCACAAGCGCAAAUCGCUUUAGGUACGCAUGUAUCAAAAAUGACAUGCUCCGUUAAGUACCUUUAGUACGUAAGGUACGACUUCGCUUAAAACCUUCAACGGUGGAAGUACUCCCGAAUUCCGAACUUUUUGUAAUCUUUGACGAUACCGUCGGCGUCGCACGUGCAUCGGGAGUUCCAUGGAAGGAGUCCAUUAAUCGUCACCCUUGCGGCUGCAAGCAUAACCAAAUCCUAAAGAACACAAAUUUUGAGAUACACAAACACGAUAAAUAAAACCUUGAAUCCACUGGAACUGUGCCAGUUGGCCUAUAGCAUAUGUGCUAUUUGUUUUGGCAUCCUUCGGAUAACUUAUUUAAAUGGCAUUUCACCUACAGAAAUUACUAUCAGCCUUGUAUAUAUAAUUGGAUUUACGAUGCAGCUCCUUAUUGAUUGUAUUCUAGGAACUAUUUUGUAUAAUCAAGCAGCUUUGUUACCUGAUUAUAUAUUCAGCAACAACUGGGGAAAUCUUGAAAACAAUCUAGUGAAGGUGAAGGAUAUUAUAUUUGUGUUAAUUCAUGCACAAAGAAUACCUCAAUUUAAUGCAUAUGGAUUGUACGAUUUAAAUAUGGAGUCAUUUUUAAAGGUAAUAAAAGUUGCGUUUUCAUUUUACACAGUUUUAUCCGCAAUCGGAACAAGAAACUCGGAAAUAUAAAUCUGUCCUUACAAAUUAAUGAUAAAUAUAUUGUACCUAUUAUUGUUAUUAGAGAGUGUAUAUUAGCUGUCAAUGUAAAUGCCUAAAUUAUAAACAUUAAUAAUAAUUUUAC